AUUGUGGACACUCCUGGAUGGUGGAAAUUCCUUCCCAGCGAUAUUCACACCUUCUCUUUUGGAAGUCAGAGAUUUUAAAAGGAGUGUCUAUGUGCUCACCAUCAAAUGUCAUUUUGCUGGCAGUGCCUCUUGACACAUCGUUUACCAAUGAACAAAGAAGAGUCAUAGAGGGCAACAUGAGGAUACUCGGACAGAGAGUGUGGAGACAUGUAAUCGUGCUGUUUACAUUCGGGGACGCUUUGGGGGACAAAACUAUUGAGCAGCACAUUGAAAGUGAAGGGAAGCCUCUCCGUUGGCUGAUUGAGAAAUGUGGAAACAGGUAUCACGUCCUCAACAACACAAGUGAAGCUGAUGAUCAGGUAACAGAGCUGCUGGAGAAGAUGGAGGAGAUGGUGGCAGGAAACAGCUCUUUUUACCUCAGUGCCUACCCUGACAUAGAUAUUCCACAACCCCAGAAAGACAGAAGUGACAAAUCAGAUGAAAACAAAGAUGAGAACACAGCCAAGGAGAUCGCAGAACAACUCAACAUUGAAUGGGAUCGCAGGAACUGGGAAAAACACCAUAUCCUUGCAGGAAGCAUGAGAACACCACUAAACAGUAAGUAUCCAGGGACAUUUACAGAUUACACAUUUAAUCUUGACACAUCGUUUACCGAUGAACAAAAAAGAGUCAUAGAGGGCAACAUGAGGAUACUUGGACAGAGAGUGUGGAGACAUGUAAUCGUGCUGUUUACAUACGGGGACGCUUUGGGGGACAAAACUAUUGAGCAGCACAUUGAAAGUGAAGGGAAGCCUCUCCGUUGGCUGAUUGAGAAAUGUGGAAACAGGUAUCACGUCCUCAACAACACAAGUGAAGCUGAUGAUCAGGUGUCAGAGCUGCUGGAGAAGAUGGAGGAGAUGGUGGCGGGAAACAGCUCUUUUUACCUCAAUGCCUACCCUGACACAGAUGACCCACAACCCCAGGAAGACAGAAGUGACAAAUCAGAUGAAAACAAAGAUGAGAACACAACCAAAGAGAUCUUGGGGGACAAAACUAUUGAGCAGCACAUUGAAAGUGAAGGGAAGCCUCUCCGUUGGCUGAUUGAGAAAUGUGGAAACAGGUAUCACGUCCUCAACAACACAAGUGCAGCUGAUGAUCAGGUAACAGAGCUGCUGGAGAAGAUGGAGGAGAUGGUGGCAGAAAACAGCACUUUUUACCUCAGUGCCUACCCUGACACAGAUUAUCCACAACUCCAGCAAGACAUAGGUGACAAAGCCAAGGAGAUAACAGAACAUCUUACCAGUGAAAGGGAUGGCAGGAGCUGGGAGAACACCACCUUACAGUAA